CACGCAGCUGGAAGUGCCGUGAAUCAUUUACAUGCAUAAACACCCAGCCUUAGCCUGAGAGGUGCACCCAUUCGCAUCCUAUGUGCUGCGAAGUUAUUGUCGUGCAACAGGAUGGAACGAAGACAACUUGUACCCCAACUUGACCCGUUCUUCUAACGCUAUACUGGACUUCAGCGUCCCUCGUGGGCUGCAUCUGUCCAUAUCCAAAGCUCCUAGUGGUCUCUUCAACACCUCGUAUUCCAUGAACGCUAUGCCGUCGCUCAUCGGCUGAGUAGGCUACAUAUUCACAUCCUGCAACCUCGAUGUGAAGAGCUCCUGUAGUGUCCGUUCCAAAGACAUGGUCGAGCGUUUCAAGGUGUACGACCAACCUCGCAGGCCAGAAGGAAAGGAGGAAGAAUGGCUCGCCGGAGAGCGCGCUAACACACGUGACUACUUACUCUAUGGCCGGUUGUACCUGCCUACUGGUAGACUCGAUGCGCUCUAUUCUACACGCUUAUCACCUACUCUACAGGCACUUGUUGCAGCGAUAUCAAAUCCACGGUCCAGUCUCUCUUCCGAGAAGCGGUCUCGAGGCGACAAUGUCAGCAACGUCAUGUUCAGCCUACAGCAUGCCAUCGGAAAGUGGUUCUCUGAAUAUACGUAUAGCGCAGAAGAUGGGAUGUGGGGUGUGCGCAUCUUACACAACUUUGGCAGGCUCAGAAAUCCAACUGAGCCUCCUGAGGAUUUGAACUCGUCCCCUGGAACAAGACCUAAACAUGUUGACGAAGAGGCAACCGGCGGUGGUCUGAAGGGCAGAGUUUCUGGUGGUGCCGAAUUCUACAUCAGUGCAAAAGAGAGGAGUGCCUGAAAUAAGACGAAUCGAUUUACUAGUCACGCCCAGACACUGACAAUCCACUUCCAGUAUCCGCGGGAAUUCGUUACACAACUCUCCCCGAUGCAACCCCACCAUCUUUCCACCUCCCCCAACCAUCAUCAUCACCACUCGCCCAGUCCUCCUGGUCGCCCCUAUCUCAACCGCCGACGACUAUUACUGCUCUUUUUAACCCGAUGAUGGGACAUGUAUCCGCAGCUUAUGCAGCUCGUGUAUCACGCGACCUCUCAAUGAAUGUGCUCUCUCGGUUC